AUGGCCAUGCGGGCUCGGGGGCUUCUGCCCUGCGCGCUAGUGGUCGUGGCCUUCGUACUGUUGGGCUCGACAGUGGCUCGAAGCUUUGUCUCUGCACCUGCGAGCAACAGGAAGACCAGGACGCUGCGCGCUCUGCCGCAGCCCGGCCAGCAGACCGAGGAGAAGAAGGAAACACAAGAUGGUGGUUUCAAGAUGCCUAAGCCGGACAUGCGCCUCAUGAACCAGCAGUCCAAGGCUGGACUGUCGGUCGACCAGGACCGCCGUGGGAACAUGUGGUCCCUCGAGCCCGAGACCAGGUUCGCGGAGGACACCGACGAGAUGCUGCCUGCAGCCAUCUACUUCCCUGUCAUCAUUGCCCUGACCAUUGGCAGCAUCUUCUUCUUCGCCAAGCUGACCAACGAUGAUCCCCGCUUCGGAGGCUCCUUUGGUGACGACGCGCGCCUGAUCAAUGAGUGGGGCUAA